CCCAACCCUCACCACAGCGGCUCGGCCCCAGCCCCCUCCAGCAAGGACCUCAAAUUUGGAAUUGAUCGCAUUUUGUCUGCAGAAUUUGACCCGAAAGUCAAAGAAGGCAACACGCUGAGAGAUCUCACGUCCCUGCUGACGGGCGGGCGGCCCGCGGGCUUGCACCUCCCGGGCCUGCAGCCUUCGGCCGGCCAGCUCUUCGCAUCUCUAGACCCUAUUAACGAGGCUUCUGCCAUCCUCAGCCCCUUAAGCUCCAACCCGAGGAAUUCAGUCCAGCAUCAGUUUCAAGACACGUUCCCAGGUCCCUAUGCCGUGCUCACCAAGGACACUAUGCCCCAGACCUACAAGAGGAAGCGCUCAUGGUCACGGGCCGUCUUCUCCAACCUGCAGAGGAAAGGCCUGGAGAAGAGGUUUGAGAUUCAGAAGUACGUGACCAAGCCCGACCGGAAACAGCUGGCGGCGAUGCUGGGCCUCACGGAUGCUCAGGUAAGCCAGCUGUCCAUCCCAGACCCAGGGACCCCUCCACCCCAGCCGCUCCCCUGCCGCGGAAACACAAGGCCUUGCAUUUCGGGGGAGACUUUGUGGACUCCCCGACGUGAGGCAGGAGAGAGGAGAGUGGAGGAGAAGGACGGAAGGGACAGCCCGUCUCCAAAGAUGCGUGUCAACAAGCAGCGCCUGUUUAUUUUGGCCGGCGGGCAAGGGAACCGCUGA